AUGACCGCAGCUACUGAAUCCCAUGACGCAACCGCAACAAUCAAGAAGAAGCGAUCACGUCGUGGACUCAAAGACAAUGCUCCCGGUGUCGCAGUCAAACCACAAAAGGCAUUGUUUGUGGACUAUAUAGGCGGUAUCUUAGUUGACCAGCUCUACGAAACAUCCAACUGCAACGAUGACGAUGACAAUAGUGGUGCCUCUUCGAUCUCCCUCAUGGACCACUUGCGCAACAACACUGCAGCACCUCCUGCGACCUCGUUCUGUUCUAGCUCGGAAAGCUUUCAUACAGCAUCCGAUUCCAGCCCGGCGACGAGUGUGAGCAGCGAUGAGCCCUUCGUGCUUUGCUCACAAGUACCAACCAAGGUCGAUGUCCUUCAGCCAACCACCGAUUCGUUUCCCUCAAAAACAGAAAUCCGAAACCAAGAUGCGGUAUUCAAGCUAGGCGAUUUCAAAACCAUGACAGCCAUACAACAGAUAGCUGCACAACAUGGCAGAGUGGCACAUAUGGGAAUCCUCGAUCACAGCUACCAAUUUUUCGUGAACAAAUCAAGAACAGCAGCUUUGUCAUUUAAGGUCCGGAACGGCGUGGCGGUCAUUGGCGGAGAUCCAUUAUGCAACAAACAGGAAAUCCCCGAUCUCCUAACCGAAUUUGCGACCUACCGACAACAACAUCACUUGAGCAUAGCAUUCAUGGGCGCCAGUGAGUCCUUCCUCACAGCCUACGCCAAACCAAACAACUGGGCAACGAUACGCUUCGCCACAGAACGUGUACUCAACCCCCAGACAAACGAAGUUAUCUUCGAGAACAGCGGGAAACGCAUCUUGACCAAAAGCCGUCAACUCACGAACAAAAGCAAAGGCGGCAUCACCAUGGGCGUAUACGCCCCUGCCGUUCAUGGCACAAACCAGCAACUACAAUCCGACCUAAUCACCCUCUACAAUGCCUGGCGCGCCGAGCGCAAUGGAUCUGCCAGCCCACAAGCAUUCAUAACUGUCUACGACCCCUUCGCUCUCCCCACUCUGAUGACAUUCAUCUACACCCGCGCCCCAGACGGAACAGUCAACGGUUUCGCCGCGCUGCGACGCCUCGGCUCCGGCGGAUACCAUGUCGACCCCUGCAUCGCAGCCCCGGGCAGCGUACACGGAAUCAGCGACCUCCUCCUAAUCAUGGCAAUGGCUCUCCUCCGCCGUGCCGGCGUCUCAUACCUCGGACUUGGCGUCGAACCUCUCCAAUCACUUACCCGCGAAGACGUCAGCGGCAUGCCGUGGCCGUGUAAGAAGUUCACACGAGGCUUGUACGGACAUGCAUUCCACCGUCUACCCAUUGGCGGAAAGAAGGCAUACCAUGACAAAUUCCAUCCCGACCCCACUCAGGACUCGGAUCUUUAUCUUGUUUUCCCAUCGGGCAUACCCAGUCCCCGACAUGUGCUCGCCAUGACUCAUAUGGCUAAUAUCAGUUUGCGGAAGAUACUCCGGGCGGAUGUUCAGGCUUUUGUGUUGACUCGGAAGUUGAAGGCUGGUGGUGAGGUUGUCAUGUCGCUUCGUAAGAAGGAAGGUUCGAAACGAGCUAAGGGUGAGAGGUUUGAGGAGAAACUUCUUGUAUACUAUUCGCCCUGUGUGGUUUAA